CCAGACUUUGGCACCAUGGGCAGGACAAUCAAACUGCAGGCCAACUUCUUUGAGAUGGAGAUCCCCAAACUGGAGGUGUAUCAUUAUGACAUCGACAUCAAGCCUGAGAAAUGCCCACGCAGGGUCAACCGAGAAAUUGUCGAGCACAUGGUCCAGCACUUUAAAACACAGAUUUUUGGUGACCGAAAGCCUGUGUAUGAUGGACGAAAGAAUUUAUACACAGCAAUGCCUUUACCCAUAGGUAGAGACAAGGUGGAGUUAGAGGUGACUAUUCCUGGAGAAGGCAAGGAUAGGAGCUUUAAAGUGGCCAUAAAGUGGGUUUCCUGUGUAAGUCUGCAAGCUCUUCAUGAAGCACUGACUGGACGGCUGCCAAGCAUUCCUUUUGAGACCAUUCAAGCUCUAGAUGUGAUCAUGAGACAUUUGCCCUCUAUGAGGUACACACCCGUUGGACGCUCAUUCUUUACACCUUCAGAAGGCUGCUCCAAUCCACUUGGUGGUGGUAGGGAAGUCUGGUUUGGAUUCCACCAGUCUGUUCGACCAUCUCUUUGGAAAAUGAUGCUAAACAUUGAUGUGUCUGCUACUGCAUUUUACAAAGCCCAGCCAGUAAUUGAGUUUAUGUGUGAGGUUUUGGAUUUUAAAAGCAUUGAAGAACAACAGAAGCCCUUGACAGAUUCUCAGAGAGUCAAAUUUACAAAGGAGAUCAAGGGUCUAAAGGUGGAGAUCACACACUGUGGACAAAUGAAGAGGAAAUACAGAGUUUGUAAUGUGACCAGGAGACCGGCCAGUCACCAGACGUUUCCUCUGCAGCAAGAGAAUGGACAGACAAUCGAAUGCACUGUGGCACAGUACUUUAAAGACAAAUACAAACUGAUACUUCGGUAUCCUCACCUACCAUGUUUACAAGUUGGACAAGAACAAAAGCAUACUUACCUUCCUCUUGAGGUUUGUAACAUAGUGGCUGGGCAGCGAUGCAUUAAGAAACUGACAGACAAUCAGACGUCCACUAUGAUUCGUGCCACAGCCCGAUCUGCACCUGAUCGUCAAGAUGAAAUCAGCAAACUGAUGAGAAGUGCCAACUUUAAUAGUGAUCCUUAUGUACGCGAGUUUGGGGUGAUGGUAAGAGAUGAGAUGACUGAAGUGAAUGGCCGAGUCCUUCAAGCACCGUCAAUUCUUUAUGGAGGAAGGAACAAGGCAAUAGCGACUCCAAUCCAGGGUGUAUGGGACAUGAGAAACAAGCAGUUCCAUACAGGAAUAGAGAUCAAAGUGUGGGCCAUCGCCUGCUUUGCUCCACAAAGGCAAUGCACUGAGCUUUUACUAAAAGCAUUUACAGACCAACUGCGCAAAAUCUCUCGUGACGCGGGUAUGCCCAUUCAGGGUCAGCCCUGCUUUUGUAAGUAUGCUCAGGGAGCUGACAGUGUGGAACCCAUGUUCAAGCACCUGAAGUACACCUACCAAGGCCUGCAGCUUGUUGUAGUCAUAUUGCCAGGCAAGACUCCUGUCUAUGCGGAGGUUAAGCGUGUUGGAGACACAGUUUUAGGAAUGGCCACGCAGUGUGUCCAAGUCAAAAACGUGCAAAAGACCACUCCUCAAACCCUCUCUAACCUCUGCCUAAAAAUUAAUGUUAAGCUUGGUGGGGUCAAUAACAUUCUGCUCCCACAGGGAAGGCCCUUGGUGUUCCAGCAGCCUGUAAUCUUUCUGGGUGCAGAUGUGACUCAUCCUCCUGCAGGAGAUGGGAAAAAGCCCUCUAUUGCUGCAGUGGUUGGGAGCAUGGAUGCCCACCCCAGUCGAUACUGUGCAACAGUGCGUGUACAACAGCACCGCCAGGAUAUCAUUCAGGACUUGGCUGCGAUGGUGAGAGAACUGCUAAUUCAGUUCUACAAGUCUACACGUUUUAAACCCACGCGGAUCAUCUACUAUAGAGAUGGCAUCUCAGAAGGUCAAUUCAACCAGGUUUUGCAACAUGAGUUACUAGCAAUCCGUGAGGCGUGUAUAAAGCUGGAGAAGGACUACCAGCCAGGCAUCACUUUUGUAGUGGUCCAGAAGAGACACCACACCAGGCUUUUCUGUGUAGACAGGAAUGAGAGGGUUGGAAAAAGUGGAAACAUCCCUGCUGGCACUACAGUUGACACAAAGAUUACUCAUCCAUCAGAGUUUGACUUUUACCUUUGCAGCCAUGCUGGUAUUCAGGGGACAAGCAGGCCAUCUCACUAUCAUGUGUUGUGGGAUGACAACCACUUUACGUCUGAUGAGCUGCAGGUGCUCACAUACCAGCUGUGUCACACCUAUGUGCGCUGCACCCGCUCUGUGUCCAUUCCUGCACCAGCUUAUUAUGCUCAUCUAGUGGCAUUCCGCGCCCGUUACCACUUGGUAGACAAGGAGCAUGACAGUGCUGAAGGCAGCCAUACAUCAGGCCAAAGUAAUGGUCGAGACCAACAGGCCCUGGCCAAAGCUGUGCAGAUUCACCAGGACACGCUACGCACCAUGUACUUCGCCUAAACCUCUCCAGAGUUGCAUCCUAUAUCCUCAAACACCAUGUGUCUGUAUGCCAGGUGCGCCCCUUUAUCUUGUGGGUUACAACCUUUUAUAUAUUCAGACAUGCACAUUGAGAAUUGCCAACAUUUUAAACAUUCAAUUUUGUUUCCUGUAUUUAUUAGUGCUGUGAGUUUUCAUGUUUUGUUUUAAUUUGUAUGUGAGUGCUGGUUGUGAAACUCUGUUAGACGUUUUUAUUUUAAGUUAAAAUUGACAUGUUUACAUAGACAAGCAACUGAAUUAAUUUAGAAUGCUUUUACACUGACAGUUCUGACUUUGCUUAUGGGUAUUAUUAUUAUUUUUAAUCAUAAAUAUGCCAAGAUUAGUGCAAAGAUAAGAAUUGCAUUGCAGUUGCAAAGAAUAGCAUUGAUAGAAAGGAUCACAUGGAUCAUGUAAUGGGACUUAUGAAAAUAUACUCUGCACAAUUUUAUUCUGUCAGCACUGACUGCUGGGACAUGACUUCAAGACACAAGUACUUACGGUGUUCUAUGUUUUAAUUAUGUGUUACAACAUUUGUCCCAGUGUUGUCUUUUUGUUAGUCCUUAAAUGUCAUCUACCGUAAUUCUCCUCUAACAACAACUGACUGAGGUUUUGCAUUUUUUGAUAAACAACAAAGCUGUGUAAUAUAGACACAUUGAACAGUUAAAGGGACAGUAGACAUUGGUUUAGUGUGAUUUUUUUUUUUUUUUAAUGUUAUUUUAAUUGAAUUUUCCUACCUUUUAAAGACGUGUUUUGACAAUCAGUUGUUUAGGCUAUAAAGGAGAUGUGAUAGGUCAUUCAGGACAUACAUUUUGUCUUCAGAAAGAGUUCCAAAAUUAAGGAGUAAACAUUUAAUUUUACCUGCUGAAUUAUUAUUUUGGCUUAAAAACUUUUAAAGUGUCUUGUCUUAUACAUAGUUGUGUUGGAGGACGAAUUGAUCUAGUAAUAGGACUUAAAGGACAUGUUUUUGUCAUUUAUUAAAAAUACAAGUUAAAAGAAUAGAUUUGUAGAAUUUCCCACAGAUAUCCUAUCACUUUGCUGCACAAUAAGUCAGGGAUCAAAUGUGGAGCUUUGUGAUCUUGUAAAGCUCUAAGUCUAAAGACUAAUGACUUGCAUACUGAACUGCAUAAUGUUCUUAUUAACACUUAAUCUGAAAACACUGAUGGCUCAUGAAACAAUGGCCUUAAUGGUAGUGAAGUCUGGGGGUUUUCUACAAAGUAAGGUUGUAAGUAUCUGGAUAGUUAAAUCAUGUCUGAAUGUUUU